GCUCAGCUUGAAAAUGUUCAGGUUGAGAAAUGCUCAGCUAGAAAAUUGAACAGAUUAAAAAACGCAUAGCUUUAAAUCGCUUAGCUUUAAGAAUGCUCAGCUGGAGAAACACUCAGCAAAAAUAAAAAUCCUUUUCUAUAAAAAACAAGAGCGAGUCAUAAACCAUAAACCUUCAUAUGCUCCCCGGGCUUCCAUAACUGACGCAAAUGAUUAAAUAAGCUGACUUAUUAUCGAAAAUAUAAGCACAUUACCUAUGAAUCAUUCUCGAUUGAAUCUGAACUAAAUUUCUUUUCCGAUAAAUUUCACAUUCAAUUCGAUUCUCCGAUUCACAUUCUAUUUUUACAUUUGCCAACCUAGUAAGUGCAAGAAAACGUGACAUUAUAAGUAAAAUGAUAAGAAAAAGCUAUCAAAAACAAGUGACUCUGAUUUUUUUAAAUAUUUUUUAGUAUUUACGCACCAAAGCUAGACAUGAAUCUAACCUUAUUGAAAUACAAUCAAAGAUUGCCGCUAAUUUCCAUCCAUGUGUGAUUCCAAUCCACAAUUACAAUUUUAAUACAGCUGAAAAAAAUGUGUGAAAAAAAAAAACUUGUAAUCAUUUGCGAGUAUUAAGUCUUAUCAGUUGAUUGAUAACAAAUUUCAGAAAAUACAAAUGUGAUAAAAAUUGCUCGUUAGCAGUUGUCUUCCUAGUUUCAUACAUGAAAGUUCAAACGUAAAAUCAUUUUUUUUAUAGACAAUUUAUUAAAUAAUAACAAUUUAUUAAAUGUAGAAUUAAUUCUGUCGAUGGUACAAAACACGUGCGAAUUUUAAGAUUAAUGUGAAUUGUUGAUUGUGAAAAAACGAUGACAGAUGAGGUGGACUUGGUUGACGAGUCUGAAUUCUUAAGAGAGGUAGGGAAGUUUUUUCGGAUGUGAAUUCCUUUAGGGUGAUUUUGUCAGAAUUUUAUGAGUGACUUUUGAGUGAAGUUCGAUGUAGUUUUGUGUAUCUUUGGGUUCAUUCUUAGUUUUUGUGCUUUUUUGAACCGUUUUCUUGGUUAAUUAUAACAAUGCAGGCCCUGUGGUAGGUUUUCGGCUAUGACGGUAUUUUCUAAGUUUUUAAGGUUGUUCUGUACGGUCAAAACACUACGACCUUAGUUUUUGGCGGGAAAAUCUUAAUUUGGUAUAAAUAACAAAUAAUCUUAGUGUUAUUCAAAGUUUUUUACACCAGAAGUGUGUCUUGAUAAUCUAGAAGAUUUGACCAACACAUCAGAGUAUCGGGAGCUAAAGUUUGAGAAGAACUGACCUAUGCCUUCUAUGAACUUAUUGCAAAGCAUCUCAAAUUCCACACAAAAUCUCCAUAACGGGCAUAUUUCACUAUCAGUUAAAAUCUUAUCAACGCAUUACCUUAAUGAUAUCUUGUGUUAUGUUCAUUUGUAUGAAAUUAUGUGGAAAUAAAGUUUAAAAACCAAAUCGAUCAAUGCUAAUUAGUUGACAAGAUUCGACCAUGAAGUGAACAUUUCAUUGUGAAAAAAUAAUUUGAUGGAGAUUCAGGGAAAUCGCCUAUCAUCAGAGGAUGACUCACUCCGCAUACAAAUUGGAGGAUACAACUACAAUGAUAAGAAGUCAAAACUUAACGCCCGGCAGCAGAAUCGAAUUGUAUCGACAAAAUAUACAUUGUUGACAUUUUUACCGCAGAAUUUGUUUGAACAGUUUCGUAGGGUAGCUAAUUUCUGGUUUUUAAUUAUGGCAAUUAUUGCUCUUGUGAUAGAUUCGCCGCUGACACCAUUAACGUCCAUCCUGCCUCUAUUAUUUGUAAUAUCCGUGACAGCUGUUAAGCAAGGUUAUGAAGACUUCCUAAGAUAUCGAGCAGACAACAUGGUGAACAAGUCAAUGGUUACAGUCAUUAGGAACAGUGUAGAGACUGAAAUCAGAUGUGAAGACAUCAUACCAGGCGAGCUAAUAAAGAUAACAAGAGACUGUGAUGUUCCAUGCGACAUGAUCCUACUAAAGUCUUCAGAUGAAGGCAGAUGCUUCAUAACAACAGCAAAUCUUGACGGAGAGACUAAUUUGAAGACACUGAUUGUUCCUCGUGGCCUUCCAGACCUUGAAAUUGGGAAGCUUCAUAAUUUAGGUCAUAUAGAGUGUGAACAAUCACAGACUGACUUGUACUCAUUCAAUGGAAGGAUUGAAUUGCCACAAACCAUCAAUAGAGUCAGUGUGAUACCUGUGGAUGGAGAACUAGAGACUGGGAUGCAUAAUAUUCCAUUGAUGGCUGAGAACUUGAUGUUGAGAGGAUCAAGAGUAAAGAAUACAGAAUGGGCGAUAGCAUGUGCUGUCUAUACAGGUCAAAACACUAAACUUGCACUCAAUAGUAAAAUAACCAAGAACAAAAUGAGCUCUGCUGAGAAGUUCAUCAACAAAUAUUUAGCAUUUUUCAUCAUCCUACUUCUAGCUAUGGUCACAGUGUCCUACUUCAUCAAAACAUACUACGACACUUAUCAUCCAGAACACAACAUCUACAUUGGACCAAUUGCUGACACAUAUGCGGUCUCAUUGUUCCUUCAAAGCUACUUUUCGUUCUUAAUUCUCUUCAACUUUCUGAUUCCAAUUUCACUUUAUGUGACAAUUGAGAUGCAGAAGUUCGUUUGUGCCUUUUAUCUGGAAUGGGAUCCUCAUCUGUAUGAUGAAGAGACUAACCAGCCGUGCAUUGUGAAUACUUCCGAUUUGAAUGAAGAACUUGGUCAGAUCAACAUUCUGUUCUCGGAUAAGACAGGAACGUUGACUAAGAAUGAGAUGAUAUUUAAGCAGUGCUCGAUAAAUGGGAAGAUGUUCUCGCAGGAAGGAAGAGGGCUGCAGGAGCCUGGAAAGAAUUAUUCGUUGAAGAUUGGUGAAUGUUCGAGACACGUCUACAACUUCUUCGAAGCCCUUGCUGUCUGCCACACAGUCCAAGUUGCUGGCAUGUAUGAAGAAGACCAAGAUAGAGCAGAUGAGGAACUAGCUCUCCUCAAUGUGACACCAGAAAUCCCAAAAAUCUUCCAUAAAUCUAUCGAAGAGCUAAGAGACAUUGAGUCAGUUGAGGAGAUAGACUUCCUGACUUCAAAGACUUACAUCACGCAUAGAGGAAGUGUUGAGUACACAUUGUCUGAUGAAAGUCGACCAAUGAGUGAUGCUGUGAGAGUUAGGAACAUGGAGAAGGCACAUACAAGACAUUUAAGUCUCAACAAUGAUGGAUUUAGAAAUGGCAACACAGAGUUGUCGAUAUUCACGAAUGGUAACUCAGCAGGUAGAUUUAGAGAGUCAGCACCAGAACCUAAAAUGGUCACCAAAGAAGUAACAAUAAUUACAAGAGAUUCAGCGAACUCUAUCGAUUCCGAUAUUUCAGAUUCAGUUCCAGUUCGAAAAGCAAGUACUGCUGACUUCAAGCGAGCAAUAUCCCACAACAUUCCAGCCGUAACCACAACCGAAGAUAAGAUCAUUCUCAGUCAUCGCAGAACAAAGUCAAGCAUUCCAUUCGGGAUGUUGUCAUCUCCAACACAGCUUCCUGAUCGACCAGGAUUCAAUAGACUUACAUCAGUAAGAACAUCAACAAGAGAAUAUUAUGCAGCACCAGUCUACACAUCGACACAACUGAUUGAAAGACAAGAGACAAUGAAGGAAAGGAAGCAACUAGAGACAUUUAUAGACAUCCUUGACUACAUGGCAUCAUCGCCAGAUGAGAAGGCAUUGGUUGAGGCUUGUGCUAAGUUGGGAAUUAUUUAUUUAAAUGACAAUAACGACAUUUACACACUAAGGUUGAGGAUUAAGCAGAAGAAGAAUAAUGAAGAGCUUCCUAGAGUCAUUGAUGAAAAGGAGAACAAUGAUGUGGUUCAGUUUAAGAGAUUACAGGUCCUUGAAUUCACAUCCGACCGUAAACGAAUGAGUGUCAUAGUCAUGGACAAGUACGGACAAAUUUGGCUCUACACAAAAGGUGCAGAAAGUCACGUCAUUCCUCUCUGCAACAGCAAAAGUGCUUCAUUAUCAGCACAGACACAAAAACACGUUGAUGACUUUGCAAAGCAAGGAUUAAGAACAUUAGCAAUAGCCAGAAGAAAACUUACAAAGACAGAAUUUAUUAAUUUUAAUAAUGAGCUAAUUGAAGCCAACAGUUCCUUAUCGGACCGUGCUGAACGGGUCGAGAGAUGCCAAAGAAAAGUAGAGACUGGAUUGGAUUUGCUGGGUGCAACAGCUGUCGAAGAUGCACUUCAAGAUAAUGUUAGGGAUACAUUAGAGUCAUUGAGGGCUGCGGGAAUCAAGAUUUGGGUACUGACCGGUGAUAAAGUUGAGACUGCAUUGAAUAUUGCAUUAAGUUGUGGACAUAUAUCCGAAAAUGCUGCAAAGUACUUUAUUGUUGAGUGUCGGAAUGAGUUGCAGCUUAGUGGACAUUUUGAGGCACUGGAGAGGGAACUGAUGAGAAAUGAAGGUAAGGAGUUUGGACUAUUGAUUGAUGGAUCAAGUCUAGCAUUCGCACUUGAUCACUGUCCUGAAAGGUUUAGAGAUUUAGCUUAUAAAUGCCAUGCUGUGCUUUGCUGUCGACUCAGUCCGCUCCAAAAAUGUAAAGUUGUCGGCCUAGUCAAGACGGUUCAUGACAAACCAGUCACAGCAGCUAUAGGAGAUGGAGCAAAUGAUGUCAGCAUGCUGCAGGAAGCACAUGUUUCAUUAGGAAUAAUAGGCAAGGAAGGAAGGCAAGCUGCACGCUGUGCUGACUAUGCAUUUGCUAACUUUUCAAUGCUCAAGCGGAUUGUGCUGCUUCAUGGACAUUACUUUUCACAUAGACUAUCACUUCUGGUGCUGUACUUCUUUUAUAAGAACUUAGUGCUGAUGGGAUGCUUGCUGUACUUCCAGACUGACUCAAUGUUUUCAAGUCAAUCGGUUUAUGACUCGUUGUUCUUGACGCUGUUUAAUGUGACUUACACGACACUGCCAAUUUUAUUCAUAUCGAUUACUGAGAAGGUUCAUCCAGAAGAGCAGUUGAUGACGAACCCAUCACUGUACAAAACAAUAUCAAGGAACAAACUAUUCAGCUGGCCAUACUUCAAUGGAUGGAUGCUGCUCGGCUUCUAUCAUUCACUCAUCAUUUACUUCUUCACACAAGCCAUCUGGAAGGAGAAUGAUGUGCUGUUUUACAAUGGAAAGUCAAUGGACUUUAUGUGCUUUGGAGUGUCCAUUAUCCAUAAUGUUGUGAUGGUGACGAAUAUGAAGCUGUUGAUUGAGUCGAUUUAUAGGACUUAUAUAUUUAUUGGGACGGUGUGGCUGUCCGUUUUUGGAUUUAUUAUCACGACUUAUGUUUAUAAUUUGUUUAAUGCUGGAUUUGACAUGAGCCUGUACAUGGUCUACGCAAAACUCUUAAUGAACCCAUCAUUCUGGAUAUUUUCAACAAUCAUUACUGCAGCUGCACUCUUACCAGACUUUACAAUUAGAGCAUUCAGUAUUUUACACUUAGGACCUGGAAGACUAUUUCCUGGAAACGCAAGAAUGGGAACACACAGAAAAGUUGGACCGCUUCUCUCUCAAACUACUUACCUCUAACUUAAGUUUUGUAACCUAAAAUGACAAGAAAAUUUAUUCAACGUAGAAAUUGAAACCAAAUGUGACGAGUGAAAUUAGCUGAAAAAAAUAAAAAUGAUAGAAUUUUAAAUUAAAAUAA